ACCAAAGGUAAUCCAGUGAUAUCCCGACAAUUGGAAGAGUAUACCGAUCCUAAAUGCCCUUCAGUUAGAAUACACUCCAAUGUGAACGUUACGCUUUGCGAUGCUGUCAAUAAAGAUGAUAUGGGGGCAAGAAAAUUUGUAAACGAUAAGGUCAGGUCAUUCAAAUUAGAGGUUAUCACUCCAGCAAUUGUGCGAGAAUUUUAUAUAGAUGAAUUCAGAGACCAAGUAAAUAUUUUACUGAAUGAAGCAAAAAAAGUUACGUUCAUAUGUGAAGGGAACGGCAACCCUCCUCCAACAGUGACACUUGUGUCAAAAUCGUCCUUUUUUAACACUAGCCCUUCCCAUUUGCAAUACACAAUGGAGCAUACCUCACGUCAGGAUACCGGCGAGUAUCUAUGUAUUGCUUCUAAUGGACUUGGUAACGAUAGCAAAUCAAUUUAUGUGGAUAUCAUUAUUACAGAUCCACAUACUGAUGGAUUUUCCUGGAUCAACAUUUGCAUAUACGCUGCGUGUUUGAUAAUCAUUAUUGUCCUCGCAGUGAGUUUGUGCAAAAGCCGUUUCAGCAAUAGGAUCUACUCGAGAUCGCCAAAAGUUAAAACAAGUCAUACAGUUUCACUGGAAAUGGUUACCCAAUCCCACAUAGAACCAAAUAAUAUUAAUGAGCUUACAAUGCUAGAAACUCCGUCCACCGACAGCGUCCAUUUUUACGAAACCAUUCCGCCGUCCCCUAUUGCCGACGUGUCAUUUGAUACAGUUUCUGGCGGUGUGGACACUAUCGUAAUUCAUACAAUGGAUCCAACAGAGCCUGGCCGUUAUGAAAGUCUUGGUCAACGAGACUUUUCGCUGUACAAUACUAUAGAUUUGAACUAGGAAUGUUUAUCUUUUAUUCAACAUGCAACACACUACAUAGUUUGUAUAAAAUUGCAAAUGGACGGAAAUUGCUCGCACAUCCAAGUGUACUUCACGGCAUACCCUAGAGGUAUUUUGUCCUUCCGAAGAACUUGUGUUUCUUUCAUUAAACAUGAAAACACAUUAUAUUGUUUGUAUGAAAUUGCAAAUACGCGGAAAUUACUAUCACAUCAAAUGAGACAUUCAAGGCAUAGCCAUAGGUAUUUUGACAUUCCAAAGAAUUUUUGUUUCAAAUGAGUUAGUAAUGUACUAUAUAGUUGUAUAUGUGUUAAUAAUGAUGAAAUAUUUGUUGAUAACUUAUGUUGAAGAC